CCGCGCGUAGAAAGCACGCGCCCGCUACUCGUCAGUAACUUACAAACUUUACAACUGUAUAAAAAAAUACUGAAUCAGUUCCUGUGACCAAUAAAACAAUAGUGCUGAGUGUAAUAAUAAAUUGGAUUAAUACGAAUUUAAAGCGUGGAUUUGCGUUUCUAUAUGUAAUUAUCGGAGCUCCAACAUCAUGCACCCGGCGUUAUCUGCGGAGAGGAGAUCAUCGCGCGUUAUAUAAACCGCCAUUCCGAGAAUAUUAUCUGAAGCCGACUAUUCAAUAAGUGACAGUGUUUCGUGUUAUCGUGCUACAGUACAACUCAUUGUGUAUUCGACAUUCUACUCUAAACAUUCAAAUUAAAAUUAAAAAAUAAUAAUUCAUCAGAAGUUUUGGAAACGUUAGUGCUGGCAUAAAGAAAAUUGAGAAUUCGAAUUUCAAAUUCGAAUUCUCAAGCCGCGUUGACACGCGCAAGUGACUCUCCGAGCUAGUGGACAGUUUAGUGAUUGAAAAUGGCCGGCACCGGUGGUGAGAUCUGGCUGCAGUGGUUCGCGUGCUGCUACCAGCCCGCCGCGCAGGCGCAGCGGACACGCCGGAGAAUCGACCGCUCCAUGAUCGGAGCGCCCACAAACUUCCAGCACACAGGACACAUAGGCUCCACGGACGUGGACAUGCCCUCGUCGCUCCUGCACUCCAUCCAGAACCAGAUGCAGAGCAAAGGCGGCUACGAGGUGGCGUACGGAGUCAAGGCAUACUGAACGCGCGCCGGGCCUAGUGCGUGGACUGAGUGACUGUCGUGUUAUGAUCUUAUUAUUAUCGUAUUUAUUGUCGCGUUGCUAGUGUUAGUCCGUACGUGUUUCCUAGUGUACAUACAAAGGCCAUUGUCCAAAUUCUAAAGUUACCUCUGCGACUUCCAUGUUCUUCAGUCAGGUCUCGAAUUAUAUGUUACAAGUGUACUUAUUCAAAGACUGGCGAUUUAAAUCUUAUAUUAUAUCUUCCCUAAUGUUCAAUUCAGUUGGCGAAGAAUUGUGUCGUUAAAGUUUAUCGAAAAAUAUUCAUUUUUCAAGCGACCAAGUACGGAUUCCUUGGAUGAAUUUUAACGACACAAAAUCAUUCCACUUUCUUGUAUAAAAUUAUGUUAUCGUAUAUUGAGUAUACUUUAAGACAAGUUAAUUAUAUUGUUCUCGAAUUUUUCAGUCUUUAGUAAAAAUGUAAGUAUGUUAAGUAAUUACUUUAAAUGAAAUAAAAUGGUGUUCGUAAUUAAGAAAAACCAAUUAUGGUAUUAACAAUAAGUAUAAAAUUGUGAGCCAAAUUAUGUGUUUGAAGUAAAAUAGAAAAUACGCACAACAGGAAUGCAAGGAAAAAAAUAACAUCUAUCAGAGCUGCUCCUAGUGUUGAAUAUUUCAUGAUUCAUAAAGUCUAUAGAUAUUGUGAUAAUUUUUAUAUGUCCGUUUCUGUAAACUUUAAUUUUGCUUUUUUCUAUCUUUCAACGGCCGUUAAAUGUUCGAGCCUCAAACAAUUUCAGACGAAUUUAUAUGUAUUACAUACUCUAUAUCAAAUGUUUUUGUAAUGUUGACCUUCUACAGGUUCACAUAAAAAUAUUAUAUGAAGCAGAACUCUCGAAGCUUGUGGUUCGACAGAAAAUAUUCAAGUUCGCGACAAUACAGCGUGUUCAUGACUGGUAACGGUGACCGGCUCUCUUACGUACAGUCAACCAAUUUAGAAUCCUAGGCCACUGUAGAAUCCUUUCUCAGUAAAAGUCAAACUGACUUUCAUAGCUAGUAAAGCACGGUGUCAAUACGACACGGUUCUAGAGUAGCCUAGGAUUUAAUUGGUUGAAUGUACAAAAAAAUAUUGGCACUUAUUUGGUACGAUUUUCUGAGCAAUUAAUUUUCAAACGAAACUAUGGCUUGAGAAACCCUGCUGAUAAUGAAUUCUGAUACAAUACAUGUAUUUCCUAUAUGCUAUAAAUUUAAAGUGCUUUCAAUAGUUAUCCAGUAGUAGUUGUAAGUGUCCUAUUCCGUCAUUGACUGCCUUUUUACCUAUACAUAUAUACCUGGUACUCGUAACAUAGAUUACAUAGCUAUAUGUAUUCAUAUAUAUUGUACUUAUUGCAUAUGUGUAUCCGAAGUUAGGGUUGUUGUUGUCAAUUCCAAAAUAUUUGUUAUUCAAAUCUAUAGAGCUGAAUAUUAUAUGAGAAUAUUCAAUUCACAUUUACUUUUUUACCUUAUAUUUAUACAUCUUUAAUACAGUAUUAAAUCGUCACUACUUUUAAAAAAAACUUGUUCUGUCAAUGAAAAGAAAAUUGUAGUAAGUAUGUAUGGAAUGCAUAUAGACUUACUGCGUUUUAACUUUGAAGAGCAGCGUGAGAUACGAAAUUUUUUUAAAGUAGUGACGAUAUGUAACUGAACGUAAAGCAAACUCAACAUACACAGCAACUUUUACUACAUAUGGUACCAACCUCGAAAUAAUGAAUUGAUGUUACAAAGUGAAGCACAAAGUAAAAAGUGAAACAGAAAUUUUCUUUGGAAGUUUAAAUUUUUUCCCUCGAUUUCAGUGUUGGUCCCAUAAGUAGUACUUAAUAGUUGCUCAGUGUGAUUUCGAUACAAGUGCGUAAAAAAGAAGUUCGAAACGAGUGAGGAUAAAUUAAAACACGACCGAAGGGAGUGUUUUAAACCGACACGAGUUACGAAUUUCCUUUUCGCACGUGUAUCGUACGACGUUUUUCAGUACAGAUGGCCCUGCGAAGUUUCGACCUGACAUAUAAUGGAGUACUUCUCGCACUAGUGCACACCAUCUGCACUGAAAAAACAUUAACAGGUAGAAGUGUUUGCUCUUCGUUCGGUUAGGCACUGUAUUUGUGUUUUGGUGUCCAAUAUUCUAUUACGAUAUUAAACGAACUGACGCCCUAAACGCUCAAAUACUUUCAACACGUAUAUUCAAUCAAUUGUCUACCUAACCAAUAAAUACUAAAAAUAGUCAAUUUAUAAUUGUUAGUGAAUUAAGCGAGUGAUACAUUUGAGAUUACCUAGGCAUUACUGAUUAAGAGAUUAGCAUUACUGUGCAUUUGUGCUCUCAAAUUAAUUUCUAAAUUGAGAGAAAGGAACACAAUAUACAUUUCCGUCAAUAGUCUAAUAUCAGUCGCGAAAAUGUUGUUAUUGAGCAAUAAAUAAGUAAUUUUGAUGAAUGAUGCAGCAACUAUGUACAACAUAAUUUUGUACAACAAAAAUUGCAAAACAAUUCAUAAGAUGAUUUAUGGGACUUGAGCACUUUCUUGAGCAAAUCGAAAGCCUGUACUUUCAGUCAAUAUGUUAUGUUGCUAUCGUUCUUAAUUAUUUUUGUACAUAAUACAAUCACUCUUAUCGAGUUCUUUUUUGGUACGAACUAACAAAAAUCGACCAGUACAAAAAAUAAAUUAAACACUAAUCUCACUAAUACUGGUACGAGACGGUUGCUUGUAAACAGUUACAAGUCACUGAAUGGACGGGAAUUAUCCAGCUCACGUUUCCUCAAUCAUCCUGUACAGAGAAUUUAAAAUGUGCCUAUUGUAUUUAUUUAAAAUAAGACAAAUACAGCAAUCCUCAGAAAUUGGUUAACAUAUGAAAAUCUUUUGUGUCUUCUUGCCCGAAAAGUUUUGGGCAGUGAAAUGACUGAAUCAAGAGUUUUUUUAUAGAGACUGAAACUUAAAGCUUAUAUAAAUGUAUACCUCUAUUAUUGAAAAGCAAUAUUGCUAAAUGUCCAUUAAUAUUUAUCCUAUGUGUAAUUUUGUCCUUUUCCGGUUAAAAUGACAAAGUUAUACUCCUAUAGUUAGUUGAUAAUUAAUUAUAAUUGUGUUGUUGUGGUAAAUAUUGAAUGAUACUAGAUUUGUACCAUAUAAAUAUUAUGAACAGAAAAUGAAAAUAUUUCAGAACGACGAA